AAAAACUAAGAGUGUAGACCUCAUUUCCGCACUGUUAUUUCCAUGAUGCAUAAAAUAACUCUCAGUGCAGCAGUUUAUAAAUCAAAAUGGAAGGUGCAGAUUGGAAACUUGUUCGCUUGUUCUUGUGGGUUGUUCCAAGAACCGUCUCUACGGCUUUGACUAAAUGUCUGAGUGCCAUCGAUGGUAUGAAAGUCUGGUUUGAAUGCUUCACAACCUGCAGCACAGCCAGGAAGCAAUAUCAGCUAGUUACUGGUGAAAAUUUGCCAAUGGAGUAUAAAGGAAAUGAAGAGAAGGCUCGGCAUGCAGCGGAUAUCCUUCAGCCGUUGCUCGGAGGCGGCACAGUUCAACCAGACCAAUUGAUGUAUGGCAAUGUGAAACGGAAAAUUGAAUCGUCCGCAAGUAAAUGCGUAUUGGUUAAGGAGGGCUACUUCGCUUUUCCUGAUGAGAAAUCAAGAGAUUACUUGCCAGCAGGUUUUAAACAUGUCUUCCUAAUUCGAGAUCCGUACAAAGUUUUGACCUCCUACAAGAAAGCGAUGACCAUCCAUCUGCUGAAAACCGGUUUGUUGACUAGUGAAUCUGCGAAGACAUUUAAUCUGGAAAAGGAUGAUCCUGUCUUAAAUGCCGGUGAGUUCUUUAGAGGCAUUCAUGAUAUCUGGAAGUAUAUUCGUGGCAACGUGGAUCCCAACGCGGUCGUCAUCAACACUGAUGAUCUGUUGGCCGAACCUGCUGAGGUGCUGAAGAAGUUCUGUAACCUAACCGGUCUUCCGUACAGUGAUUCCCUUCUUCAAUGGGAAUCCUCUCUAGAUUUUAAGGCAUCGAAAGAUGGCUUUGACACCUUCUAUGAAACGGCAAAUAGCUCAAGUGGUUUUCUACCACCUAAGCCAACUCCGUGUAGGGACAGUGGCGCCAGAUGUCAUCAAGCUUGCUGAUGCAUCCAUGCCAUACUUCGAGGAAAUUAACAAACACAAGAUAUGAACAUCAUAUUAAGCAAAAUGCCUUUUGUAACCGUUUUCCAUGGCCCUGGUAUGCGGGGUUUCAGGGGGUACUGAAGCAGCCACCCUGAUUUCUUUUGUGGGGGGGGGGGCAGGUGCAGGGUAUGUUCUAUUGUUACGUAGUAUGUAGUUUAACUGCCUGUUAUACAACUAUACUUGUUUACAAACUCCCCCUUUGUCAUCUGAGAAUCCCAAAACCCCCAAGACCAUUCAACUCCUAAACCCUGACCAUAAAAGACCAACCCUCAAUAACGCCGGCUAACUUCAAGGAACAAAAGUUCUAUAAGAAGUAUGAAUCGUACUUCCAGCCCAGUCUUGCACAGAGUACCACCACACCCAUUAUACCAGAGAAAGUUUGAUAGACAGCUACCUGUAGACCAAUCAGAGAAAGUUCAGAUCACUUAAACCUAAAAUUGUUACACCCCAAAGCUAAUGAUAUAAAUUAAGACUUCCUGAUUAUUAGAGAGACACAAAUAUUAGACAUAGAGACAAUAGACAAAGAGACGGACAUCUACAGGUUUAAAGUUUUAACCUCAACUUCUAUAGUUCUGAAUAUUUCUUUCAAUCGCCUGCUGUAUUUUAAUACCUUAUUCAUAUCUGUUAUUGGAACUUUGAAUAGAUAUAUCAUGGUCGAGCUGAACUCUAUUGCUACCUCCAGAGUUACAUCAUUUUAUGCUUCCCUGCUGAAAUAUAACCGAUCCAGAACAAGACAUUGUCCAUAGGCAACAUGGAAAUGGUUUUGGUAUCUAAUAAAAAACUUAAGCAAAUCACCUUCAUUUUGAAAUAAAAACUAUUUUGGAAGAUUUUUUUUCAAAAUCAGUACUCCCUCUACAAAAAGAAAGUUUCCAGGCCCCUGCCGCUUUCUUUCCGUUUUAUAACCCAGCCUAUUGCCAGAUUGCAGCCCAUUUAAAAAAACGGCAAGUUUUGUCCAUGGAGCUUUCUCCGAAGGGUUCAUCAAGCAAAUACAAAGUUUAAAAGUACCACCCAGAUGUUCAGAUAACCAUCUUUUCAUGUCUACAUCCUGUGGGAGAGAUGAUCAGGUGACAAGAUCGCGGAUCUAGUCAUAUCAACAUUCUGAUCAGACGGCAAGAUCUCGGAUCUCGUCAUGUCUACAUCCUAUGGGAGAGAUGAUCAGGUGACAAGAUCGCGGAUCUAGUCAUGUCAACAUUCUGAUCAGAUGACAAGAUCUCGGAUCUCGUCAUGUCUACAUCCUAUGGGAGAGAUGACCAAGAUCUUAUCAUCUGAACAUCUCUCCCAUAGGACGCAGACAUGACGAGAUCUUUGAUCUUAUCAUUUAAUCAUCUCUUCCACAGGAUGUAGACAUGAAAAGAUGGUUAUCUGAACAUCUGGGUGGCACUGUUAAGCUUCCAUACUAUACAGCGAUGUUGCACAGUGCAUUUACUUCACCUUAAGAUGUAAUUUGCAUAAUUUUCUGUAGCAGGUUUAGGCCUAUGUUGAUAUCGAAUGACUCAAUAAAAUAUAAUUCUCAAUUCCCAAGAUCCAUGAAAAAUUAUCGAUAUUUGGCUGGAGAGAUGACAAUUAUUAGAGAAAGCAAACAUUGCUUCAAUACCAUGAUUGUUUCAGUCGAUGCAAUUUUUGAUUUUGCUGUUAUAUGUUAAGCUAGUCAUGAGUCAAUCGUUGUACACCCACCUUUAUCCGUUACAUCUUCUUCCGUGUUGAAUUCCUCCGUUUGCCGAAGAACUGCCAGUCCUGAGUUGCAGUGAAAGCAGAGUAAAAAAUGAACUGACUAUUGGUCACUGUUUGCAGCAGCUUGAUCAACAAGGUGCUGUCUUGACAGAUGUAUAUCGGUAACAAGAUGAAAGUCAGGAAACUGAUACGAGACAUUGCCAAUGGCACCAAGGAGGAUAAAUCUGGUUCAGGGGCGGAUCCAGGAUUUUUCGAAAGGGUUUAACCAAAAAUUAAGGGUAUUUCGUCCACGAAAAAAUUGGACAAG